UCUCAAUAUCCAGUAUCAAAUAGCAUCAUUUUGGCGGCAACAACAAGAAACUUACACUCAAAGAACACUGCUCCUCCAAUUGCUUGCUUAUAUUAAGGCAAGCGUUGUGGUUAAUGAUGCCAAUGGCGAUGAUGGUUUCUUCUUUGCCAGUGGCUGAGUCUUGGAGCAAAGAGGGACACAUUCUAACUUGCAGAAUUGCGCAGGAUCUGUUGGAUCAUGAAGCAGCAGAGACAGUGAAGCACCUGCUGCCGCAGUAUGCAAAUGGAGAUCUGUCUUCUCUCUGCACUUGGCCGGAUCAAGUCCGGCACUGGUACAAAUAUCGGUGGACGAGCCCUCUCCACUUCAUUGACACACCCGACGAAGCCUGCACCUUCGACUACGCAAGGGAUUGCAAAGAAGAUAAGUGUGUUGCUGGAGCAAUCAGCAACUUCACUUCACAGCUUCUGCACUACCGCGAAGGCUCCUCCGAUCGCCGUUACAACUUAACUGAAGCACUGCUAUUCCUCUCCCACUUCAUGGGUGAUAUCCAUCAGCCCAUGCAUGUUGGAUUCACCAGCGAUGAAGGUGGCAACACCAUCCACGUCCGCUGGUUCAGGCACAAAUCAAACCUGCAUCACGUGUGGGACAGAGAAAUUAUCCUCACAGCUCUUGCAGACUACUACGACAAGGACUUGGCCGCUUUCCAAGAAGAGCUGCAGAAUAAUUUCACAAAUGGAAUAUGGGCCAGUGACAUCUCCUCUUGGGGGGAUUGUGAUGAUCUCCUCUCCUGCCCAACCAAGUAUGCUAAAGAGAGCAUAGGCUUAGCUUGCAAAUCAGGAUACAAUGGAGUUAGUGAAGGAGACAUUUUAGCGGAUGAAUACUUCAGUUCAAGGCUGCCUAUUGUGGCCAAAAGGAUAGCACAAGGGGGCAUCAGGUUGGCUAUGGUAUUGAACAGAGUAUUUGGGGAUCACAGGCAGGCAGUAGCAUCACCAACCUGAUCAGAAGAAGUUUAUGGGCCUUAUGGCUUGGAAAGAUAAAUUCAGUUAUUAAUUAGUAUGCAAGGAAAUAAACUGAUGAAAGAUAUUGUUAGCAAAAGUGCAUUUAACUGACAUUGCUGCAGUGUUGAAUAAGCACAGUGUUUAAUCUCAAAAACACUAUGCGAUGUUGUAAUGUAAAGUAAUUAAGACCAUUUUUUUAAUAA